AUGGGUAGAUCAAUGGGGGAAGGCUAUAGCCUUAAAACAUCAACAGAACUAUUGAAGGUUCUAAAUCGAAUUUGGAGCCUUGAAGAACAGCACACUGCUAACUUGUCAGUGGUUAAUGGAUUGAAACUUGAGUUACAGCAGGCUCAGACACAUGUCCAAGAACUCAUGCAAGAGAGACGGAGGUACAGACACGAAGUUUCGUCAUUAAUGAGGCAACUCUCCGAGAACAAACUUGUUAGAAAAAACAAGGACCACGUGAAGGUUGACGCAGCUCUGCAUUCCCUGCAUGGUGAACUAGAGGAUGAGAAACGUCUGAGGAGGCAUUCUGAGGACCUCCACAGGAAGUUAGGCAUGGAGUUGUCUGAAAUAAAGUCAGCGUUUCUCAAGUCAGUCAAGGACCUUGAGAAGGAGAAGAAAGGAAAUCGCCUCUUAGAAGACCUCUGUGACCAGUUCGCAAUGGGCAUCAGGAACUAUGAAAAGGAACUCAGAGUGGUAAAGCAAAGAAAUGUCAAGAGUUAUGAGCUCAACUUUGAUAAUUCAGUGCUCCAUAUUUCAGAAGUAUGGCUUGAUGAGCGAAUGCAAAUGCAAAAUACUGAUAUCAAUGGGGAAUUAGCUCAUAAAACCACAAUAACAGAAAGGCUCAGCAGUGAAAUACAGGCCUUUCUUCUUUCUAAAAAAGCAGGUAGCUCUAUGAAUAAUGAAAAACAUAUGAAUGAUAGUACUAGAUUGCGACGUCAAUCCCUUGAGUCUGUCCAUUUGAAUGGGGCCACCAGUGCUCCUCAGUUUGCUGAAGAUGAUGACGACUCUAUUGCUAGUGAUUUGAAUUGCUUUGAACUGAACAGUAGCAGCAAACUGCAGCAUGCCAGUAAAAUACCAGAGAUCAACUCACAAAGCAAUGGCAAAUUACUUAAGCGGAAGUGCAGAAUGGAAGCACAGGCAACCAAAUUAUUCGAGGAUCCAACAAUGGGUCAACGAAGAACAACCCAGAUGUGCAUCAUGUUGAUUUCCUGGGGCAGGAAUCAUUUGAUCAUUUCUCCCGAACAAGUCUAUUUUGUGAAGGCACUACUUCAGGGGAUUUGGGUAAUGUCGGCAGCCCAACGCGGCAACUGA